AUGUCCACAGAAGUACAAAAGCGCUUGAAGCAGUAUCUUCACGCUGCAUCGGCCCUCGAGCAGGUCAUUUUGGCGCCUCUCGUGUGGUUGUGCUCCUUGAUCGCUGCCCUCUUGCUUCCAGCCAGAAUCGCCACUUUGGAGCAGCCAGUAUCCCAAAAGAAGCAGAACGCCGAUAAUAUGUCCCUUUUUCCUUCCAUCAGCAACGUGGCCAUUGACCGUCACGAGGUGAAUGAGGAAAGUGACGAACCCUCCUCCAGCCGCCCCAUCCCUUGCUCCACAGGUAUCACCACUCGCCUCUUGCCCUUUAAAAACGCAAAGGGGGAAAUUGAGUGGGCCUUCACCGAAGACAUGCCUCCAGGAACUGAACUAGAGGCGUUUAGAAUUCACCACGAGCCUUCAAAAGUGGGCGCCGCCGUCAAGAAGGAUACCGACGAUAUCUUAUCUCCCGUGACCUCAAGCAGCUCCAACAACGAAUCUGUUGUUUACGACAAACCAUCUAAUAUGCCUCAGGUUAAUACCCCCUCCUCCACUUCCUCAGACGAUGAGAAGGCUUCUGGCAAGGAGGACGGUGCCGGAGAGUCCUCAGAUGGUCAUGUUCACCAGUGUCCCCACUGUAGCACCUCUUUUAAGAUGAGAGGUUACUUGACCCGCCACAUGAAGAAGCACGCUUCGGAAAAGGCUUACAAGUGUCCGUUCCACAAGGCGUCGGUCUACAAAGACGAAAAUGAUGUGGUACACAAGUGCCACCCCACAGGUGGCUUCUCCAGAAGAGACACCUACAAGACCCAUUUGAAGAGCCGCCACUUCAAGUAUCCAGACAACACACCCAUCAAAGCAAGAAGUACAUCAGCAGGUAACUGCUCCAUGUGUGGUGAAUGGUUCGAAAACGGUGAGAUUUGGUGUGAGAUGCACGUUGAAGGUGGUGAGUGUAAAUACUUGCCCGCAGGUUUCAAGGGCAAGUCAAGAAUAAAGAAUAGAAUCAAGAAGCAACUUGCCCAAAUGCAGAAGCAGGAGAGGAAAGUGAAGCAGAGAGCGAAGAAAAACUCUCAAUCUCCAGUGAUGGGCACGCCUAACUCCAUGACUACACCAAUGCCUCCAACUACGAGUUCUUGUGACUACCAUGACUCUCCAUCGUCCACGUCCAGUUCCAUGCAUAGUCAACACAAUACUCAGCAAAGUAUCAAGCAUGAACUGCCAAUGGACAUGGCCACAACCACCACAACUCUUGCAGAAAUCCAAUCUGCGCUUUCUCCGGAUGACUACGAUGACAGAUGGUGCCUUGACACUGAACAGCUUAUAUUCCCUAUUCCAACCCCAGAUAUGGUUCUUCGGCAGCAUAGUGAAAUGAUGGGCGCCUCCAUGGCUACCCAGAGUUAUGUGCCGCAAGCAUAUCCGCAAAUGUAUCAACAGCCUAUGCAACAGCAAAUGCCUCAACAAGUGCCACAACAAGGGCCUCAUCAGAUUUAUGAGCCUCAGCAACAACAACAAGUUCAACAGGAACACACACAGAAAUUCUAUAGGCAACAGCUACCGGCGCACAUUCGGACCCAAAUGCAGAUGCAAAUGCCGUUGGGGUUCCAUGGAGAUGAAAACUCAAUGAUACGGGAAAAGGGAUACUAA